AUGAUAGUGCAGACCUACAGACCUGUGACGCUUGACAAUGCCAGUAUGCAAGAGAAAAGAGACGGUGCUUACUUCAGUAGUCAAGAAGAUUCUAAAGAGUGGUGGUCAAUAGCCGACCAAAGCCAAGAUGAUGCCUUUUCUCUUGAAGGAUAUCCACAGUUGGAAAGAAGAUGGAUGCUAUGGCAUAUGUUCAUGAAGGAAUACUCCUGUCUGGGUGACUGGCUGCGAGCAGCAGAGAAAUUGGCAGCUUCUCCAAAUUCAAGUCUUGUGCCAUACAUCACAGCAAAGGAGGAACUGCAGAAGUUUGAGAGCCUGCGCACUGAGGCAAGGCAGCGCUUGGCCCAGCUGGACAGCCUGAACCAGAGGAGCUGCAUUCUGUUGGGUCUGUUUAGUGGACCUAUAAGAACACGACUGGUAGAUAUGACAAGAGAGUGUGGGCAGCGCUGGGACCAGCUUAGCACCAACGUGGACUCUGUUUGUCGCCGGUUGAAGCACUUUGUACACCAGCGAGAGGAUUUUGAGAGGCAGAAAGAAGAAAUGGCCAUCUGGCUGGCUGACAUGGACCUGAGACUUGCUGAGGUGGAGCACUAUUCUGGAAGAAACACCUGUGACAAGAUGCGCCAACUUCAGGGCUUCCAGGAGGCAGUGGCUGAAAGCGCAGGCCGGUUAAAUGCUCUGCUCCAGCAGGGGGAAGAGCUGAUACAGAGGAGUGAGCCAGCUGAUGCUCAGCUCAUCGAGAGCCAGCUACAGGAGCUGCUUCUGUACUGUGGACGUGUGUUUCAGGGUCUUGGCCAACUUCAUACACGCCUUCUAAGCAUGAGACUGGUGUUUGAGGAUGACUGGGCUCUGUGUCCAGACUCAGGAUGUCCUUCAGAGACAUUGGAGGAAGGCAUUGAAGACCAGAAGUUAGCCUCAGUGGUCCAGGAUGACAUCUCUCAGGUCUGCCAGGAGCAGUUAGUGCUGGAGUGGGACCCCUCGGUGGACAUUGGAAACUCUGUGUUCCAUGACCAUGGAAACUCUUCUUCUUUUACUGCCAAUACAGGGAUUUACAACACAGAUGCGCUAUUUACCAAAGAGCCUAGGAGGAGAAGAGCUCAGCUGGGACCUGUAGAUGCAUGCCCAGCCACGACUAUAUCUAGUGUAGAGCAGCAGGUAACAGAAUGUAGCUUACAAGUGGCUACAAUCCAGACCCCUGUGCCAGACUCCAGUAGAAAACAAUUUGAAUGGUUUCAGCAAACCUCCACUCCAGACUCGCGCUCCCCUGAACCUGUCACCUUUGACACUGAGCGAAUAAGUGCCUGGCUGGUUCAGACACCUCGGCUUUUCUCUAGAGCUGUCCAAACGGAUAAUAUUCAACAGAAGUGUUCCAGCUUUUCGUCACCAUCCAACCCGAAGCAGAGUUGGAACGGGGUAGGAAGAGCUGGGUAUCAGGAGAUCGCUUCACCCGAGAGACUCGCUCACACUCCACACACUAAAAACAUGAGUUCAUCUGGGUCAUGUGACUUUCAGUCUCACUCUGCCAGACGACAACCAAACCCACAGUCAGGAAAUAACGGCAAAGUUCUGCUGCUCAUUCUGGUGAUUUGGCCACCAGUGUUCCAGGACAAACCAUGCCACAACUUUAACUCUUUGGCAAAUUCCUUCCAUCUAGCCUUGCACUAUGUCAAUGGACCACCUCCAACAUGA